AUGAUGAGUUAUCACCUGGCGAUUGCCACAAGGGCAGGCAACGCCCUCAAGCAGUUCUCCACGGAAACGAAGGAGGAGCUGAAACCUCUGGAAGGAGUAUCCAACGCGGAACUCCUUCUCAAGAAAGAUUGGUUCGUGGAAAGGCUGGACAUCAUCGAAUCGAAGAUGGAGAGGCUCGAGAGGAGCAUGUCCGAGCUUACGACGGCAGCCGAAAACGAGGAGAUCGCCGAAAAUCCUGGACAGAUGGCCAAGUACGAGGGAAACGUGGACCUGGUAUUGGAAAUCAUGGGAAGAGCAGGAGAAGUAAGGGAUGCUCUAAGUGCAAAGCUGCGUCGGAUACGAUCAGAGGAGUCGACUUCGAGGCAUCGAUCGAGCAUGCUGAAGGAGGAGAUCCGUGUGAGCGGACACCAAAUCCGCAACAACAUCACCGUCCCAACGUUCAACGGGAACAAGUGGGAGUUUCAAAGAUAUUGGGUUAUCUUUGACGAGCUAGUUCACCGAACGGACGAGAGAAAAAUCAUCAAAUUUUGUCAUCUGCUCAACUCACUCAGAGGAGAGCCACUGGAACUUCUAUACCGCUUCGAGGUAUCAGAAGAAAACUACGACGACGCGAUAAAGUUGCUCAAGGCGAAGUACUCCGACAGAGAAUCCAUUGUUCUUGAGCUGAACGACAGACUCAAGAAUGAGAAGGCUCUGGAUUCCUCAAUCAAAGAACAAAGAAGGUUGAUGGAGCGGAUGAUCAUCACCAUCACGCAACUCAAACGUCACGGAGAGAACCUCGACAACCGUUACCUGAUGGACUUUCUUCUGGGAAAAUUCUCGCAGUCCAUCAGGAAAGAAACCUACAGAAGCAAGAUCCAAGCCAACAAGGAUUGGACAAUGGCGCAGAUGUUUGAGGACCUUGAGCAAGUGAUCAAAAUCGAGGAGGAUCUUCGGGUGUGUAUGGGACCCGGAGAGGAAUCCGAGAAGACGACGAUCGAGCAAGGGCAAUCUACAUUCCAAGAACCAAAUCCGAACAACGCGUUCGGAGGUGGUGUUCGACAAAAUCAAGAUCCUGGGUGUGCGUUCUGCAAAGAAGGUGAUCAUCAACCGAACGAUUGCCGGAACGUCCAGUCAAACGCUGACAGACGUUCGAUCCUGCAGAGAGAAGAUCGCUGUUUCAACUGCUGUCGAGUUGGGCACGUCAUCAAGGAGUGCACAAGCCGAAUGAGCUGUGAUUCAUGUCAAGGUCGGCACAGCACUGCUAUUUGCCCAACGAGAGGAAAGAUUUACGCAACGAGCGCAAAUCAGAAGACGACGGUCAGGAAAUACGAGGCCAAAACAGAGGAUAUCAAGCCUUCGGACGGCGCCGUAUCCAUGAACGUGGCGCGAGUCAAAACGAAGGACGAAGAAGCAGAGAGUGCCUCGGUUCACCAAGCGCCAUCGACUCAUUUACAGGAGAAAACGGAAGGAUUUCUGCCGACAAUUCGAACGAAGGCUCGCAACGCCGAGACGGGAGAUUGGAAGCCAAUCACCGUCAUGAUUGAUUGUGGAGCGACCAACACGUUCAUCCGAGGAAAAACAGCUAAAGAUCUACAGCUGAAACAACUACCACCCGAUUCCUUCCCGAUGGAAAUCUUCAACGCCAAAACGAAGCGCGCUAAGAAGUACGAAAGAUCGGAAAUCGAAAUCGGAUUAGGCAACGCGCCCAUUCUGAUCGACGCCCUCCAUGCAUCGCGCUUGACAGGGAAAAUCAUCAGACCUCGACUGUCGAACGAAGACAGAGAGUUCAUGAUCAAGGAGGAAAUCGAUCCUCAUCAAGACCUAUCAGAUGGAGGCAACGAGCCCGACAUCAUAAUAGGCUGCGACCACUUCGGCAAAGUGGUCAAAGAGAUGAUCGAACUUCCGUCGGGACUCACACUCUGGAGGACGAUCUUCGGAUUCUUACCAAUGGGAAGCGCAUGGAAGAAAGGUGGAAGACGUGAUCCAACUGAUCCGUACAUCAAGAGAGUCUAUUCGGAUCGCCAAAGCGAGAUCAGGGAACGGAAGGAUUUCGUCGAACACGAGCCGGGCGCCCCAGAGGCUCCGGGACUCCACGCCCUACCCAUCGAAACUGUAGCCGUCGGAACGACCGACGACUAUGGGCCACCGGACAAGCUUCAGAAUCAGAACGAAGAUGACCACCAUGUGGGCCGGGAGGGUCAUACGCAAUCAAAUUCGUAUGAGUCGGUUCUCCCCCACAUACGCCACGACUGCUCUGCGAAUCAACCGACGGGAGACCAGGAAUCAACGCACCAAAUCACAUCAAGGGAAACGAACGCCGUUUCCUGUAACCCAGUCAAUGCUCGUCCCAGCAGUCAUCACGCAUCAACCAUCACCCCCACCCGCAAGGUUACCGAAAGAGAACGCCUCUUUCGGACAACCAAACUUUCGUCACAUCACGAGGAACCGGAAGAGAAUGACUCCGCCGGUUACCAAACCCCGUAA